ACAUUUUUGGAUUAACUUUGAAAGUCAAAUCUCUACCCCAUUUAUACGAACCAAAUUUGGAUGGGUGUUGGUCGUCGAUUUCAAGAUGAACAGUCAUUAUUGAAAGCACGUACAGUUAUGGCAAGAGUAAUAGAUACACCAACAUCAAAGACGGACACAGAAGAGAUUGAGCAUUUCCCAUUACACUGAACAACAAGAUACGGAGCGGAAUGAGGUCGCAUCCGUAUGCGUUUAAUGGAAAGUGGAACAGCGUUACGUUGAAACGUGGCGCCAAAAUGAAUAGAACUCGCCCUCAGUUAGGGAAGCUGGAUUGCAAUUGGCCGCUGGUACCCACUCCGAUCAAGAAACACGAAAGAACUAUUACGAGACUGGCGGUGAAUAGCGCCUAGCGGUGAUCAAGCAUCGAAUUCCACAAAGCUCGUCAAAACAGGAGGUGUAUGUGUAGCUGGUGCGCAGUCUAAAGCAAAAAUGAACUUCCGAGAAUUUUUGUGUUUGCUGAAUAUUUGCUCCUUUUCCGAACGCUCGCCUGUUGUUACUAUUCCGGCACUGGGAGAAGUGCGAGGAUCGAAAAUGGUUUCUUCAUCCGGCCGGAAUUUCUUCGCCUUCAGAGGUAUCCCUUAUGCCAAACCACCUGUCGGAGAGCUCCGUUUUCGGGACCCGGUGGCAGUUGAUCCUUGGUUUGGAACAGUUUUUGAUGCCAGUGGGGAAGAGCCUACUUGCAUACAAUUCAAUGGAAUAAUCCGAAUGUUCCUUGGCUCAGAAGAUUGUCUCACACUGAACGUCUAUACUCACAAUUUUAGUACAAGCAGUCCAAGACCGGUUAUGGUCUAUAUUCAUCCUGGAUCGUGGUUUUUCGGUAGCGGUAAUGCAAAGACUGACCUGGCUGGACCUGGUUAUUUUCUUGACCGAGAUGUUGUCUACGUGACCAUGAAAUACCGGCUUGGCGCAUUUGGUUUUCUAAGUACCGACGAUAGUGAAGCUCCAGGAAAUUAUGGACUUCUGGAUCAAACAAUGGCCUUGAGGUGGGUGCGGGACAAUAUUCGGUCUUUCGGUGGCGAUCCCAAUCUAGUUACAAUUUUCGGUUGUAGCGCUGGGGCGGCUAGUGUUAAUUACCAUAUCCUAUCUCCUCUAUCCAAAGGAUUAUUUCACCGAGCCAUCGCUCAGUCUGGUUCAACGUUAAAUCCCUGGGCGAAAAAGAAGUCAGUAGCGGUAUACACGAAGAAAUUGGCACAGUAUUUGAAAUGUCCGCAUGCAAAUUCGACGCAACUGUUGACUUGUUUGCGACAAAAGUCAGCCAAUCAGAUAGUUCGAUUCCAAAAGGAAAUAGAGAUUAUGCACGUUUGCCCUGUGGGGUUUGGACCUCGCGUCGACAUUGAGAGGGAAUCACCAUUUCUUCCAGCCGAGCCGAGGAAACUGAUGGAACUGAAGCAAAUCAAUUCAGUACCUAUGAUUACAGGAACUACUAGAAAUGAAGGUGGAUCAAUGGUACGCAGGCUUGUUUCCGAUGACCGUAAAUUAUUUAAUGAAUUUAGUAAAAACCCGAUGAAGUAUUUUCGCUUUAUGAUGAGUUUGGAAGACGGAAUCGAACAUGAGAGCGACAAAAUUGUUAAGCAGAUAGCCUAUCGUUAUUUCACUAUAGACAGGCCUGAUCAUCCCAAUCAGCUGGAUAAACUAGGAGAAAUUAUCGCCGACUACUUGUACUAUUUUGACAUAAACGAUUCAAUUGAGUUGCUCAGCAAGUCGAGCGACCAACCCAUCUUUUAUUAUCUUUACAACUACAAUAGCCAUAUCUAUUGGUCAAGGAAUAUUAGGCGUGUAUCGUCUAGCGAUCUGCUAGUAUCCACUCUCGAUUUGAGUGGCACACACAGCGAAGAGUUGUAUCUUAUGUUUUCACACAUACUGCUUCCUCGUUUACGUUCUGCAAACGACAUUAAAGUAUCAAAUAUGCUACUUGAUUUAUGGACUUCGUUCGCAGCAGACGGCGUACCUCGAAGUGACCUCGUUCCCGGUCAUUGGAUUCCGACUACGGAAGACCAGCCAAGAUACCUAAGGAUAGAAGCCGCUCACCCUUUAUUGGUGAAUGAAACAAUGCCGUUUCAUCAGCGUUUACAGUUUUGGAAAAACAAAUUAAAUCAAUAGUUGAUCAGCGCGUUUUAAUUAGAAAGAACUCGUCAUUAUGUAUUGUCCAUGAUGUCUGCUUCUGCAAUAGUGUUAUCCUGCCAAUUUCGCUCAAAAUUGCUAUGACAAACGAGAUGAAUCGUUGCGCUGGUCGGCGCUCAGUCCCGUUUCUAUUUAUUUCAUCAUUUUGUGUCUUAUUUGUUUGGCCUUCUAUUUUGUUCCUCUAGCCAUAUUGCCGAUCAUCAUUAAUAGUUUCAAUGU